ACGGAACUAGUUCCACUUUUUGGGGAAUAUAAAGAAAGAAUAAGAAAUCUCAUUUAUGUAGUGCUUAACUAAAAUGAAAAUUAAAGAAAACAAGUGUUAAGUAGAAGCAAGUACAGAAAUAUAUGUGGAGAAAAGUGUAUUUUAAAGUACAAUAACUGGAAAUCAAUUUCGAAAAGAAACUGGAAAAUAAUUUUAAGUGCAUAAAACUCAGUAGUAGUUUUAUUAAAUUCCGUUGCAAUGGAUUACCGUUUACUAUUGAAAAUUUUUUGCAUCUCGCUUAUCGCCGUUGAUACAUCAGCGCAAGCGCAAAACGAUUAUGGCGAAGAGCCACCAGAAGGUUAUUACGCUUUUGUCGAAUCACCAAAUUCGGUACCGCCAAAAGUACGUCCACCACCCUACACGCACGUCAGUGCGGAUUGUAAAAAUGUAGGCGGCAACAAAAAGGCUGCUGUGUCGGUCAACAACAUUUGCGGUGAUCUAAACAAGGGGCAAAUACCACAAAAUCCUAUGAGGCAAAAUGUGCUGGGAGAACCAUAUCCAUUUGAAUUAAUACGCAAUCAGACGCUGAAAUUUUUAUCCAAGACUUUGCCUGUGCUCAAAGCUGACGACACUCUGCCGAAGGUGACACAAAUUAUACGUGAUGAACCGGUCGAUCAAGUGGAAAAUAACAAUAUCGAUCGACACUAUAGUACACGCGCGAAACGUUCGACGCCACCACAACCGCAAAGUCAGCCAAGAAAUGAGGGACACGAAUUCGGCUAUUACGAUCCGGCAUUGGACGAAGAGCAGCGGGAAAAUAAUCGCGUAACGGAGGAACGAAAACCACGCAAAUUUUGCGAUGGUGGCGGUGUCUUCUGCACAUUGUAUCGCGCCAUACAAGGUGACACUUCGACUACACCACAAGCCACUGCCGAGCGACGCGAAGAAGUCGGACCUAUACGUUACGAAGGCCCACCAACACCCUGUCCAGCUAAAGUUGAGUACGCCACACCGGUGUUCGCGAAAAAUUACCAGGGUUUCUGGCGUUAUGUAGUGCAAAUUCCAUAUGAAGGCUAUUUCACACAAACCGUCGAGGUCACACGUUGCAUACAAGCACGUUGUCAUUACCUAGAUGGCGGCUGUUUGUCAUCACCGCGUUGGGUUAGCUUACUUGUUGCGGAAAUUUUCUAUCCAAAUGCCGAGGAGGCCGUGCCAACCACAUCAACGACUACACCAGCACCAUCCGUACAAGAUUUCCAGGCAUAUCAACAAUAUCUACAGAAGCGUGCCGGUGUAGCUACUGCCUCUGACGGCACCAGCCAUAGUAAUAAUGGCAAUUCACCCGAUUAUAAUCAACAUUGCGAUGGACACGAUGAAAUUGGUUGCUUCCAAGUGCGUCUGUACUAUGAUUGGUUUUUGAUACCGGGUUCAUGCAAAUGCUGGCGUCCUGAUUACUUUGCCAAAUAUGUGCGCAGAAAAUCUGUUGCGGAUUUGUAAAUCAUUGAGUCCUUUUAGAGUAUGUAGAUAAAUACUCAUAAACAUACUGUAUGUCGAGAUCACAUAUCAAAUGUCAUCUUCAUAAAUUAACUCAUAAUAGACUUACUCAUGCUGUCCUGCCUCUGAAUCUUGCAUUUAAACGUAAAUAUGUAUUAAUUUAAUAUAUACUCGUAUAUUAUUCAAUUAGUUUUACCGGAGCGAAGGCGUUACUUGAAGCUUUCAUUCUAAAAUUCCAAUUGUAGUGAAGUCUAAGCCAUUGGCUUUCACGAAUUCGGGAAUUUUCAGAGUUUUAACUUCACAACUACUAACAUUUAUAUUUACUGUUUAAUUUAGGAUUUUAUUUAAAACCACUUAAGCUAAAAACUUUUAAAAAA